AUGCCCUACACCAUCGGCCCCCGCGACGUCCUGCUAGCCCGGUUGCGCCCCGGCGACUGGCACCUCCUCCACCAGUACCCGCACGUGUUCGCCCAGGUGCUCAACUCCACCGUGUUUGUCUACGUCUCCAAAGUCGAACAGGUCGUCCAGCUCUACCUGGACGCCCUUAUAAUAUACCUGACGCUAUUAGCGAAAGUGCCCAACUUCGACGAAGUCGCCGAGUGUACGAACCGCACUCGGCGAGCGAUGCUAGCGCUUGAAACUGAUGUCGCCGCCGUUUUAAGUGGCGGCGGCUUAAGCUGGGAAAAUCGACCUUAUAGUGAGGUGAGAAUGGCGGCACUAUUAUUGACUGAAGCUACGAUCAAGGCGUUUAAAUUGGCUCAGGAUACAAUGGCAAUUAUCUCGCUGUUCUUUGAACCUUUCAAUAAUUUGGAGAAACUUCUUAUCCCCUACGCCCACCACAUGACGACUCAGCUUGAGCUGACGUUUACCACGGCUCGUACCGCCUUUUCAUUGGCUAUUGAUGUCGAUAGCAUCCCCCAGUGGCUCCCCGAUACCCCUACUCCCGAGGCAUUGGAACACCUCCAAAACAUCGAUACCCUCACCGUACAAGUACAGAAACAAGCGCAGUACCUCGAGACGAUGUUCCGGUUGGUCGACAACCUGCUUGUACGCUACUCCCAAGUGAUUUUGGGCAAAGGCAUCUUGAAAAGAGAGGUGGACGCCGCCGAGUGUCUGUUGAUCCGACGCCGUAACGUCUGUUUCCUGGCGGCUGAACAAGUGGUGCUGAUCCCGCUCACGGAACAGGCGCAAUCUAAGUUGCCGAUGGACGUCGAGGUGUUGACGUACUUGAUGAUGGCAUUGGGCGGGGUGCUUUUCAUCGCGUUGUUCCGCAUCUGGAAAGUGGUGCUUUCAUGA